AGUUAUACGUAGCUUUAGUUUCCCUUAAACACAUCUGUCUCUUUAAUAAUUUGCAAUAAGGCUACGUUCAAAUUUUGAUAUCUACCUUUAAAAUGUGUCUAUAACGAAUUCUCCUAAAAAUCCAAACAAAAGGUGCGCACUUCAAUUUAGUUUUAGCUAAUAUCACACGAACUACUCAGAUUUGCAUUAUGUGCCCCAUGAUCGGUAUUUUGAGAUAAUUGAAUAGACUAAUUUCCCGUUAAAUAUCGUCAAUAUCAAUAGACAAAAUGCUAAGAUGUGUGUUAUUCCUUGGGUGCACGUUUAACUGAUGCUCUAGCAGCCAUGCCAUUUUUUUGCAAACAUGAUAAAAUUACAAUUAUUAUUUUUUAUUUUUUUUUUUAGUACAAUUGAAAGUUUCCAAACAUUACAAACGUCUUAGGAUACAGAGAUAAACAAAAAGGAAUUGUUAAAGUCAUACAUAAGAAUAAAAGAGACAAUCUGAUGCUUUUACUGCACUGCAGAAAUUAUGUAAUCAAUUAUAUGUAGAUCUUCCUUAAAACCUUUUUUCCUCACAUUCUGGAGAAAGCGACUAUUAUUUAUGGCCCUUUUUUCUCACUUGAUUUCAAUGUGUAUAAGUAAACACAGCUGCUUUUUCACCUCCACCUCUUACCUACAAAUAGCGCAGAGAGAGACUUCUCUUUGUGGAAGUGUGAUGGAUCACUUAGGAAGAUGCAGCGUACUUCUUACAGCUGUUGUUUUGCAGUGUUUCAUGAAAGGCAGCGUGCUUUCCAUUCAGAAAAGAGAAUGGGUUUCUGAUCAAACAGCUAAAACAACAGGAGGAGAAGUGACAUGUUUUUCUGAAUACAUGGAUCCACAGCACAAUGAUCGAAGGCUUGGUGAUCUGGCUCUCUGAGGCCCUGCAGAUCCAAGUCAGGCCCGCUUCUCUGGAUCACCUCAACCUCCAGCUGUCUGCCUGCGGAUUCUCACUGCACAAAGAUCCUGAUGAUAACUUUGCUUUUAGAGUCAGUUACACUGGAUGUUUGGUCCAGCAGCAGCACAGCUUCCACGUCCUUAAAAUGAACCUGGUGAAGAGAACAAGUCGGUUUGGAGGCAGAGCUCACAGUUUGCUGAUGACGUGUCCCGUGGUCUCUGUGUUACCCAACAUGGAGCACAUCCAGUGUGACCCGGAGUACAUUCAGGUUAUCAGACAGGUUCCCUUUGACAACUGGGAUAAUGAGCUACACUGGUCCCUGUCUUCGAGGGAGCGGCUCGUCGUAGCUCUGGAGGACGCCAGCUUGAUCCAGAUGAGCGUGGACGUGAACGGGUCACACAUCGCUGUCCAGGGCAGGAGGAGCGAGGUCCUGAGCCCCGUUGAAGGGAUGGGGAAUAGAGAAUUCUUGGCCUUGAAGCUGGUCAGUGGUCAGUACGCCUACAGCAUGGAAGUGACGUGUCCCACAGUGACCUCGUCCACAGCCGCGCAGACCGUGCUGCACAUCUUCAAGCGACGCAUGGGUCUGACCAAGCGAGGACCGAGCGUCGGCGGCGUGUGGGUGAAGCAGACGCGCCGCUUCACCGUGCGCGACGCCGGCGGCUUCGUGGCGCUGCUCGUUCCCACGGAGCGGAUCCUCCAGACCAGGGCCUGCGCCGAGCGCGAACAACUGGUGCAGCCGUUCUACAGGGUCGAUGUUGUUCUCACCUUCAGGGAGACAAAUCACAAGAUGCACUGGACCAUGGAGAACACGCUGCCAUGCACAGCCCGGCCCGCUGGGUCACACAUCGCAUCCAGUCCGGGACCAAGUCUCGACCAUGAGGAGCCGGGUCCACCACGACCACUGCUCCUCGCACAUGGACAGAAGGCGGACGUUUGCAUUUCCACACUGAGGACGUGUCAGAGGGUCAAAUCCGAACAGGCUGAUGUGGAGAAAAAAGCUGCCUCUGCUGCAGCCUACGACGCCUUUUACACGCGCUCUCACAAUAAAGCCUUUGAUUUCCCACAGCGCCUCCAAGCCAGCGAUGGAUCCCGGACAUUCGAGGUUUUCUGA